CACCUUUGUCAUCUUGUCGGAUACUGACAUACUUUUAUUCUGUGGAGAAAAAAAAAAUUUUUUGUGGAGCAUUGUUUGUCUAACAAAGUUGCUGUGCCUGUUCCAGGAGCUUCUUUCUACAUCAGCCAGUGGAGUUUUGUGGUGCUGAUUAUUUUAUUUUCUGGAUUUUUUUACUUUUAAUUGACGGCAUCGACAACAGUUGGUGUGAGUGGUGAGUGUGUUUGUGUGCAGUAUGGCCGCCAUGGAGGCCGAAAUGGAUGAAGGAGGUGGGGGAAUGGAAAAUAUUGCUUUAAAUGUGUGUGUCAAUUCCAAUAAUAAAGAUGGUGCUUGGAAGCAAGUGUUUAAAAAAUCGAAGCAAAAUAAGGUUAUGACGACAGGCAAUGCCAAUGUUGCUGAAGAUGAAGUUGCGAGUUGCAGUAGUGGCAACAGGGAAAAUGAGAAUAUCAAUAACGAUGAAUGUGCUGUGAGAAAUUCUGUGGCAAAAAUGACCCGUAGCAGAGAAGAGGACGAUACAAUGGGCUAUAAAAGGAGGAGGGUUAAUGAUGACUCGGUUCGUUAUACGGCAGAACAUACAGUCUAUUUUUUCCUUAUAAAGCUUUCGAAGGAGCUAACGACAUCCAGUCAACCACUCACACCGUUCCUGACGGUUUCCUGUUAACACAUCUUCUGGAGCGGUAUUUACACACCCUUGGUGUAAGGGUUUCGAUGUGGAUAUCUUUUUGAUCUGAAGACACAGUGUUCUUUUCUGGGUGAACACUUGCAGUAAUAACCUGGCUUUUGGUGCACAGGUGCACCGCCAUCGUUUCUUUAAGAACCCAAAAAAAAAAAAAAAAA